UGAAUUGAUAACGUUCGUAAAGUUUUGUUCCUGACAAUUAGAUUGCUUGCAAUUGGGGACAUCAGCAAAUUACUUAACCUGCUGCGGAACAAUAAACAAAUGAAAUCGCAAAAAUAUUGACUUUCAAACAACCUUUGUUUAAAUGGCAAAAAAACCCAUCAAUUUCUAGCUUUCAUCAAUUCCAUGGCUACCACCAAUUCAAGGCAGAGACUUUUCUCUCUCCUCUCGUUUCUUAUUCUAAUUCUUCAAUCCAAAAUCUCAUCUGGGUCCGAAACCCCAAUUGAAGAAUCCACCAUUGACGACCUCCAGAUCGCUUUCAAGCUCAAGACUCUGACUUCACGGCAACUGGUUCAGUUCUACCUGGACAGAAUCCAAACCCUCAACAGCCACCUUAGAGGGGUCCUGGAGGUGAACCCAGAUGCGCUUUCCCAAGCCGAUUCCGCCGACGAACAACGCCGGAAAUGGGAAUCAAACCCAUCAGCCAGAACCAGAGCACUGCCGAAGCUGCACGGGAUUCCCAUUUUGCUCAAGGACAACAUUGGCACCAAGGACAAACUUAAUACCACCGUCGGCUCCUUUGCGCUGUUGGGUUCCAAAGUUCCGAGGGAUGCCGGGGUUGUGGCGAAGCUGAGGAGCUCUGGGGCUGUGAUUCUGGGGAAGGGUAGCUUGAGCGAGUGGUCGUAUAUCCGGUCGUUUUCCGCGCCGUACGGAUGGAGUGCCAGAGGCGGCCAGGGUGUGAAUCCUUAUAAUUCAUCGCUGGAAGUUUGUGGAUCAAGUAGUGGACCAGCAAUAUCUGUAUCUGCAAAUAUGGUAGCUGUGGCUUUAGGGACAGAGACUGACAGCUCCAUCUUAUGUCCGUCCAGUUAUAACUCGGUAGUAGGCUUCAAGCCAACCGUUGGUCUCACUAGUCGAGCUGGAGUCAUCCCAGUGAGUCCGAGACAGGACACAGUUGGGCCAAUUUGUAGAACAGUGGCUGAUGCUGUUCAUGUCCUGGAUGCCAUUGUCGGUAUUGAUAGCAACGAUAUCGCAACGCAUGAAGCAUCACAGUACAUCCCAGUGGGUGGCUAUGGACAGUUUCUCAAGGCUAAUGGUCUCAAAGGAAAGAGAUUGGGGAUAGUAAGUCGCUUGUUUCGUGAAGUCAAGGAUGAUUGUUUCUUGAAUCAAACUUUUGAGCAGCACUUUACCACACUGAGGAAACAAGGUGCAGUUUUGGUUGGAAAUCUUGAGAUAGCCAACAUUGAAGAUAUUCUCGAUUAUUCUUUGAGUGGUGAAUUUGUAGCAAUGUUAGCGGAAUUCAAAAUGGCCUUGAACCCAUACCUAAGUGAACUAGUUGAAUCUCCGGUGAGAACCUUGAGAGAUGUGAUAGCAUUCAACAAGAACAACUCAGUUUUGGAAAAGAUGAAUGAAUAUGGACAAGAUCUCUUAGAAGCUGCUGAGAAGACUAACGGUAUAGGAGCAAAAGAGCAAGAAAUAUUGUCAAAUUUAGCAAGACUGUCCAGAGAUGGAUUCGAGAAGUUGAUGAAAGAUGAGAACCUAGACGCGCUGGUGACUUAUUCCAACUCUGCUCAUUCAAUCCUUGGAAUUGGUAGUUUUCCAGGCAUUGUUGUGCCGGCAGGAUAUCAUAACGAUGACAAGUACCCUUUCGGCAUUUGCUUUGGGGGACUAAAGGGUUCGGAGCCAAAGCUGAUUGAGGUUGCGUAUGCAUUUGAGCAAGCAACUAAGAUCAGAAAGCCUCCGCCCGUUGGUUCUCAAGGCCAACUCCUCUCUACCACCGCUACUCCCACGCCUGAAGUUGAGUCAUCAAUACCCACCAUUGCUGCAGCCAAAAGAAGACCCAUCCUAGUCACUCAAGAGAACCUCCAAGGAAAGCGCUUGCAUGACAGCAGUCGACAUGAAGUUCUCUAGAAGGAUACUUGGGGCAGUUUUAAGAAGAAGCAGUUUAAUUAUGCCGCUAAUCUAAGAAGUCAAGUCUACUGUGAUUGUUGUUGUGUGGAAAGGUUGUAGAUUGUAGGUUCAAAUCCUGUAUAUCGAACGGAAAAACAAUUAUGCUUCUGGUGAAUAAAUAAUGUGUCAUUAGCA